ACACUUGAUCUUUGUUUUGAUUCUCGACAUUCAGGCACUAUAGAAACAAUACCCAAUAAUACAUCGAUACCACAACCACCACCACCACCACCACCUUCCACGACGACGACACGAAGAAAGCCCAAAAGAAAGUUAUCCAACAAGAGUACAUCUUAAUAUCCAUUUCUAAAAGCGGUUAUUUAAAAAAAAAAAAAAAAAAAAAAAAAGAAAGAAAAGACGCGCUUUGAUAUAUACAAACAAAAAUAUAUAUAUAUAUAUAUAAAUAUAAAAAUACACGUGUCGAUAAAAACGCGUCUCUUUUCUUUUUUCUUCUAUUUAUGAGUGAUUCGAGUAAGGUAUUUCAUCCUUUUUUUCAACCUAAAAGGCCUGUGAAAGAGACUCCCGAGCCACUCAAUACAACAACCUUAAAGAAAAACACACCAGCACCUCCUCUACCUCGAUUCUUUUGUCAACCUGAAUCUUCUAGAAAACUAACACCUGUCAAACAACCUACACCUCGACCUGUCUUUAUUUCAGAUAUCGUUCAACAGAAACCCACUCGACAUGCUAUCAAGACAGAUCAUGAGUUUGCUCGAUUGGAUCGAUCUAUUUUUGGCCAUGGCCAUAUCACAGACAAAGUAUUUGAACCUUGUGCUUUACCCCAUCCACCUCAAGUCGAUUUAAAGCAGAUCAUUAACACACAAACACAUGCAUUCUUUGCAAUGGGCAAACAACUUCGACAAGUCACACCUUGUAUGGAACGCGACACUACCAUGCCAACACACAUACCUGAUCAAGCCACACUAGAAAUGACGAUGGAUCAGUAUUUUCCUCAGUGGCGAUCGUAUUCUUCAUGUGUUGUACUAAUGCAAUCCAUAACUCAUCAACGAUCUUCUCAUAAACAAUGGGUAGACAAAUACCGUCCAAAUGAUAUCCAUGGCUUAUUAGGUGCCAGGCACAAUUUUACUUAUCUUAAGGAUUGGUUGCAUCAAAUGAAAGUACAGCCAUUAUCUGCACCUAAAUCCACUGGAUCAGAACAUAAAAAGAAAAAGAAAAGAAAAAAGAUGAAUAUACGUCACUACUAUGAGGAAGAAGACAUGGAUAUCAUGCGACAUUUAUCCCUUCGUGGACAAGAUAGUGAUAGUGACGAUGAUGAUUUUGUUGUCAAGCCCAAACGACAGUUAAAAGAAGAACAUAUGCGAUCUAAUAUUGUGCUGCUUGUAGGGGAUCAUGGUGUAGGCAAGACAGCAGCUGUCUAUACAGCAGCAGAACAAAUGGCCUAUGAAGUAUUUGAGAUCAAUUCAGGAUCCAGAAGAUCAGGCAAGGAUAUUGUAUCCAUGGUAGGGGAGAUGACCAAGAGUCAUCUAGUUGCCUUUGGUGCAACACCCCCUGCUUCAGUUGCCAGUUUGUUUGUGGAUAAGCCUACACCUGUCAAACAAACCAAGCGAAAGAAACUGAACCCUUGUCUCUCUUCUAAAAAUGGAUCCAAUGGCACACUGAAAGGAUUCUUGCGUAAAAAAGAAGUGAAGCCGAUGGCUAUCCCUACAACGAAACAAAGCUUGAUUUUACUAGAAGAAGUCGACUUGUUGUUUGAAGAAGAUAAAGGGUUUUGGACUUCUGUGAUUGAAUUAGCCCAAAAGAGUAAGCGGCCUAUCAUCAUGACUUACCUUGAUCAAGUGCCGUUAGACAACCUUUCUUUACAGAUAGUGUUAGACAUCAAACCACCCUCAGAUACUGAAUUAUUGCCUUAUUUAUGGUUGAUGUGUUAUCUGGAAGGAUGGAGAGUAGAACCAGCAGAUUUAGUGUGUUUGAUGGGUCUAUUGGGAAGAGAUAUUCGAAGAUUGAUUCAGACAUGCGAAUUAUUUGCAGGACAAGAGAUGUUUGGAAAAUACUUGGGUAUUGAACAAGGCAUGAAUUUGACUGACAUGAAGUUGAGGUCAAUACCUUCUAAAGUGUGUGUGGAUACAUUUCGUUUGGCUCGUUAUUAUCAACAUGAAGAGACAACUAAAGAGGAAGAGGAAGAAGAGAGUUUAGAUGUCGUGUUAGAAACAUUAGAAAACCAUUGUUUCAUUGACACUUGGUUAAAAAGACAACAUAGUGAUACUGAAGAGACAGAAGAUGCGGUUCGUAUGAAAGAAAUAGAGACAAGGACUUCUUUGCUGAAUACCUUGAGACCUGUAUCAUCUACAUGGCAGCAAUUCUUAUUAGAUGAAGAUAGCCAUUGGGAUGAAUUAUGGGAUGCAAGACUAAAUCAUAUGGAGGAUUAUCGUGAAGCCAUUGAGAAGAUAUUACCUUUACCUAUGCCAAAUGAACAAUAUCUCACGAUGGAAUAUAUACCCCAUAUUCAAAGAAUGACUGUCUCUUCCACUGUAGAUAAGCCACAGAGAUCAACUCGAUCAAAGCCCACCUGUAGAUGAAACUGCCUUUUUUAUUCAUUAUCUACAGCUAUUUAAAUGUUGAUCACAGGAGUCAGUGUUGUCUUAAAAUAAAUUGAUAGUUGUGGAGUCCCUUCAACGCUAAUAAAUUAUGCAAUUUCCUUUUUAACACUAAUUAACACUUUU